AGUGAAUGAACAUCUCUCUAAUCAGUAGGCAAUUUGGAGCGAGUGUACAGAGAUGCAGUUGCCGGUAUUUCCGGCAAUAUUAGUCGUAGUAAUGUUUCUCAUACCAUCUGAAAGCAGCAAAAAUAUCAGUGAAUUAACUGCGGUAGGGUCAAGUGAACGCUCUAGCGUAAAUACAGCAGACGACCAAAUGGCUUCCGUGGCAGAAAAUAUCCAUAGCCUGAAUGAAGAGAAAGCAAAUAAUGAUGGAACAUUCGGCCUAACUAUUUUUCAUACAAACGACAUUCACUCGCGGAUCCUUGAAAGCACAAAACGUGGCGUACAGUGCGACGACAAGGCACGGAAUGCGAGCAAGUGCUUCGGUGGAGUAGCCAGAAUUGCUAAUGUGGUUAGGACACUGAAGAACACUUCUGCAAACCCUUUGUUCUUCAACGCUGGAGACUUCUUCCAAGGAACACUGUGGUAUUCCAUACUAAAAUACAACAUUGUUUCUGCUGUCAUGGCAAACAUGUCUUAUGACGCUGUGUGCCUUGGAAAUCAUGAAUUCGAUGACGGACCUCCAGGACUGGUGCCUUUCCUAACUAAAAUGAAUGAAGCAAACGUAACAGUCCUCGGGACUAACCUGGAUACCACAGAAGAGCCUUUGUUCACGCAAGCAAAUAUCACACUGCCAAAGUCCAUAGUUUACGACAUUGCAGGAAGCAAGGUAGCAAUUUUAGGGGUUGUCACAACGGAGACAAUGACUAUUGCUAAACCGGGUGGUGUGAAAAUACUUCCCGAAGCUGACAGCAUUAACGAAGAAAUAACGCGGCUUAAAUGCGAAAAGGGCAUCAACAUUUUUUUUCUCAUUAGCCAUGUUGGAUUUGACGUUGACCAGAUCCUUGCGGAGAAGUGUCCCGAUCUCGACCUCAUUAUUGGAGGACAUACCAACACAUUCCUCUAUACUGGAAAGCCUCCAGUGGACGAUGACCCUGAAGGACCAUACCCUUACGUAUACAACCGUACCGGUGCGAGUGGCGGCCACUGUCUUAUUGUCCAAGAUUACCGCUUUGGAAAGUAUCUCGGAUUUCUGGAUCUCAAGAUUGACCGAAAGUCAGGAAACAUAUUAGACUGGUCUGGAAAUCCAAUUCUGCUUAAUCAGAGUUAUGAACAAGACGAAGAAAUGCUUGCAAGCCUGAAGCCAUAUAAAAAAAUAGUAGACGACGCUGUAAAGGAAGUUGUCGGAUCCACUAAGGUGCUGCUGGAAGCAAGCGACAAACUCUGCCGCUAUAAGGAGUGCAAUGCAGUCAACCUGAUGGCUGAUGCUUUCUUCGACUACUACUCAAAUAGAGAUAGCGUAGUGGACAAGGCUUGGUCUAUUGUGAACGCCGCCGUUCUUAAUGCAGGAAUCGCAAGAGAUUCUAUUCAACCGAAAUGGAACCUCACACUUGGUGAUGUGCUCGGUGCCAUGCCCUAUGACAGUGACCUGGUUGUUAUGAACAUGACAGGUCUUGACCUCCUGAACAUGUUCGAAUUUGGCGUGACCAAUUUUACCUGGUUACCAGAUUUAAACGGGAGAUUUCUUCAAGGCUCAGGUAUUCGUGUGGUUUACAACUUCAGCAGGCCCAGCGGAUGCCGCAUUGUCUCGCUGAAAGUCCUUUGCGCUAACUGCAGCGUGCCGGUAUACAAAGAAGUUAUGGAAAAUGAAAAAUAUAGCAUUGUUACCACUACUUUCAUUGCCAAUGGAGGCGAUGGCUUCAAGUUUCAAAAAUCGGUUAAAUGGAAAACUGAAGGUGUCAGUGCUACCGAUGCUUUGCUUGCAUACAUAAGAAAGAUAUCGCCACUCAAGACUCCUGAAGAAGGCCGGGUGAUCACACUAAACCUGCCACGGAAGCCAGGAAAUGAAUCACUGACAUCUGCUACUACAACUUCAUUGACUACACAGGCUACAUUAACUUCAUUGGAAAGCAGGAUGACUCGAAAUGACUGGAGGUCUAUGAGAAGAAAUUUUCUAUGGUGAUGCCUAUUUUGCGCAGUAAGACACCACCCUCGGAUUGUUGUAACCUAAUAGCACAUUGAUACGCCAUCUAUGGUCUUUGGCCAUAAAUAAAAACAAUUCGUUGGCCCUUCCACUCCGUGAAGAUGGUUAACCAACGAAGCUGAAACGUGCGGCCCCAGUGUUUAUCACUAGGUUAAUCCCGAGGGUUCAUUAAAGUAUUUCCCAAUUAUGAGGUUACACACACGUUCGGCUGUGACGGAGAGAACGACCUCGUGACGGUAUGUGCGCAGUCGGCCUUUGUCGCUUGCGUUCGAUGUCUCGAGUUUACUCGGCGGCGUGGUUAGCAGCA